AACGCCACAUUGAAAUGAGUAAUAGGGGGGUUUAAGAAACCACGUGUCUCAUUACCUUCCAGACAUCGAGCCCAAAAAACCAGGACUCUUAGAACUGUAAUCUGCACAUGAGCACAGAGUUUUCCAAUUCGUAAACCCAUUUACACAGUGUUCAACAAUGACUUCCAUGGCUUUUUCUUCAGUUUUUGCAUCACCUUUACAUGUUUUGCCACGAGCCAAACUGCAGUGUAGUACAGGUUCUUAUUUUAUGCCUAUUCUAAAAGCUUCAUCCAAAUUUGGGUCCUCCAAAUCCGCAUUUUUUCGACACGGGUUCUCAGUUCAGUCCUCAAAUAUUUAUGGGCUUGUCUCGAAAUCUCGAUCUUUUCCUAUGGUUUAUGCCAGAGCUGCCACUGAGAAGUCUAUUCAUGACUUCACCGUAAAGGAUAUUGAUGGUAAUGACAUCUCCCUGAGCAAAUUUAAGGGAAAGGCUCUCCUAAUUGUGAAUGUUGCUUCAAAAUGUGGUUUAACAUCAUCAAACUACUCAGAGCUUUCUCAUGUUUAUGAGAAGUACAAAACUCAAGGAUUUGAGAUUCUAGCUUUUCCCUGUAAUCAGUUUGGUGGCCAAGAGCCAGGAUCAAAUCCAGAUAUUAAGCAGUUUGCAUGCACAAGAUUUAAAGCAGAGUUCCCGAUCUUCGACAAGGUUGAUGUGAAUGGACCCAGUACAGCACCAGUUUAUCAGUUCCUGAAGUCAAAUGCUGGAGGAUUUCUAGGAGAUUUGAUUAAAUGGAAUUUUGAGAAAUUCCUAGUGGAUAAAAAUGGUAAAGUGGUCGAGAGAUACCCACCAACAACGUCGCCUUUUCAAAUAGAGAAGGAUAUUCAGAGGCUGGUUGCAGCAUAAAUUCUUCGGGCUCGCAUGAAAUUUCACCGCAUUUAUCUUAGGAUAUGCAGUGGUUACUGUUCUAAGUUGUUUCUGUACAUCUUAUACAAUGUAUUGCUGUCAUAGAAAUAAGACUAUAAAUAUUUGAAAAUCCAGAAUUUAUUGACUUCUGUUUCU